AUGCAAAGAACAGUAAGGGACGUAGACAGAACAAUCAAAGGAAUGGACAAGGAGUACGACGCAAACUUUGGAGAGUGGGUGAGAAGCGAGGAAAAUGUCGAUGUAAUAGCGAUGAACCUGCGGAAGUAUCUUGCAGAAUAUGCUGAGGCGACUUUCUCUGAGGUCCUCAAGUGGAUCACGGAAGAGUGGGCUGUUUCUUCAAAGAUUCUUCUUCUGCAUAAAAUAUUUGGGAAGCAACUUUUCAGGGAUAAUUCCGCCCUGGAGAUGAAGAGCUCACGGAGGAACGUCCGAAUAAUGAAGGGAAUAAUCGACGAGUGGGGACCUGGGAAUAUUUCUGAGCUUAUAAUAGAGUUUCUCACGGGGAUGCAAAAGGAGGAAAAAAAGCUCUUUUUGCUCUGGGCUCUCGAGGACUUUGAGCACGAAAAAUUGACAGAAAUUUUUAUUCGAAUCGACACGAUUGUGGACUGGUCUCUGAAAAUCAGCAUUAUUAAGAAGAGCAAGGUUUUGGAGGGGGCUAAAGAGAGGAGAGUAUGA